UAAAACGUGCGGUUUCUUUCGUCUGGAUCAAGUUAUCGAGGGGGAAAAUUGGACAACACGCAAUUCUGUUUUUCUUGCUGGUGGGGUGGUUCAAUGCCCAGCUGAGAAGUAAACCGAUUUGCUUUGUAUCUGCAUCAACCUUGCCCUGAUCCCCGGGAUAGCGGAGUAAAUGAAGAGCACGGGGGCCGCUACCCGCUGUUGUCCUCCUGGUCACAGUGCGGACUGCCCACUCCCUGGCUCGCUCCCCAGAGAAGCGGGUCGCUACUGAGCCUGGGGGAGGGAGAGACUGAUUUGACUUUCGCCUCUCUCUCUCUCGCUCUCUCUCUCUCUCUCUCUCUCUCACACACACACACACACACCGCUCUGUUUAGGGGAGCUUCAGAGAGGGACGAACUCCAGUUGGAUCAGCCCAGACCCCGGCUUGAGGAGCGAGGAGCUGUGAGCGGAGACGGACUGAAUCUCUUCCCGGGACAGCCCUGGGCACAGCGGAGGAAGGGCGCCGAGGAAGUGAGCCCAGGGAGAUCUCCCACUAGCAGUGAGCUUGAGUUCUCCGCACAGCUCCAAAAGAGCUCCGGGCUUCGUGCGAGUUUAACGUGUGAAAUCGGUAGGAUCCCAGUGUUCUGAUCAACUUUCCCUUGAGUUUGCCCGGGAAUGGAGCUGGUGCAUGUUUUCACGACUCUGUGUUGGAUUCCUCUUUUCGCCGGCUUUGCGAUAUCCCCGGUGGUUACUGAAGAAUUCCCGACGCUUGACAACGAGACUGCGGGGAGACUCCCUUCCCCUUCCCUGCCCAUGGACGUGGUCCGCCCGACCGCCGCCUGGCGCAGGCAGAACGGGAUCCCUCACGGGGGCAUCGGCACCAACGGGUCGGUGGGCAAUGGCAGCAGUCUCCGCCUUUGCCCCGAGGCGCCUGACAUCGGUCGCAGCUUCAAGUACAUCAACGCGGCCAUCUCCUGUGUCAUCUUCGUGGUCGGGGUGAUUGGAAACUCCACCUUGUUAAGGAUCAUCUACAAGAACAAGUGCAUGAGGAAUGGUCCCAAUCUGUUGAUCGGGAGCCUGGCCCUGGGAGACUUGCUCUACAUCACGAUCGACAUCCCCAUCCACAUAUAUAAGCUUCUGGCACCAAAGUGGCCUUUUGGGAUUGUUGUUUGCAAGCUGGUGCCUUUCUUACAGAAAGCGUCCGUGGGAAUCACAGUGCUGAACCUCUGUGCUCUGAGUGUGGACAGGUACCGAGCUGUUGUCUCCUGGAGUCGAGUUCAGGGGAUCGGAGUACCUCUACUAACAGCGUUAGAGAUCAUUGGUAUCUGGGUUCUCUCUAUCAUCUUGGCUAUUCCUGAGGCCACAGCCUUUGACAUACAUCCACUGAAAUAUAGAGAAGGGUUGUUCAAUGUCUGUCUUCUUCUUCCAAGUACACCAUUUAACAAGUUCUACAUCAGUGUGAAGGACUGGUGGAUGUUUGUGUUUUAUUUUUGCAUGCCCCUAGCCUGCACUGCUUUCUUCUACACUCUGAUGACCUGUGAGAUGCUGAAUAAGAGGAACAAGAGUUUGAGGAUUGCUUUGAGUGAGCACUUGAAACGGCGCCGAGAGGUGGCCAAAACAGUUUUAUUUUUAGUUGUUCUUUUUGCUCUGUGCUGGUUCCCUCUCCAUCUUGGCAGAAUUUUAAAGCAAACCAUUUACCAUGAAGAUGACCCGAAAAGAUGUGAAUUCUUUAAAAUCCUGCUAGUGUUGAAUUUCAUUGGCCUCAAUCUAGCAGCCCUAAAUUCGUGUAUAAACCCCAUCGCUCUGUACUUUGUGAGCAAGAAGUUUAAAAAUUGCUUCCAGUCCUGUUUGUGCUGCUGUUGCCAGAGUCAAGCUCUGAUGAAUGUGAUGCCCAUGAAUGACACCUCUAAACAUACAAGCUUUCAUUGGAAAAACCAGGAGCACAAUAACCUGGCCGAUCGUAGCAGCCGAAAGGACAGCAUGAACUGAAAGGUGGUAGUUCUUGUUGACAUUGAGAAAUGAGUAGAGCUCGCGCCUUCCUCCAUGUCUUGGACUUUAUGACACCCUCUGUGGUGGAACAGAAGACAGGAUGGAAAAUGACUUGGACCCAUCAUCUCAGACUCAUUUUGGGCUCCCAAAGAACUCUGGUUGUCUGUUCCAUAGAGUUUGUUUCCACAUCACCAUUGAACUAUUUUUGUUUUGAAUAUCAUAAGAAAAAAUUCAAAAUCAAGUGCCAUUGACCAGGGCAGAUGUACAGGUGGAAUAUUAUCUUCUUGAAGUGUCUUUGGGGACCACAAUAGGGUUAUAUCUGCCAAUGGAACAUCAAACAAUUGAACAGUUGAAACUGAAACUGAGAUUUCACACUUUCUGUCACCAGGCUGAUGCAUGCUAACAGCCAAGAUGAGAGACUUCUUUAUACACAUAUUUUCUGCAUAAAAAAACUUCCUAUUCCAGAAAUUGGAUCUAUUAGUACCUGUUUUUCUUGUGCAGAGCACAGAUAAAAGCAAUUUUAGCCAGGCUAGAACAUGCCAACAAGCAUUUCCAGGUCAAAUUACGCCCAUGAGGAAUUUUUACUGGUGCCUCCUUGCAAAAUUCAUCCAGGCAGAGUUGGCAUUUUCCUGGCAUCAUUUACAGAUCUAAUGACAUCACCAGUUGCACAUGGCACAUGUCCUCCUGUACAGUAUAAAUGGAGCUCCUAGGGAACAAUCACAAAGAGAUUAGGAGCACUGCUGAGGGAUCGACAAUGAGAUGUCAAAGGGUCUGUAUUUUAACAUCGCUAUCUUGCACAUAUCUACCAGCCUCAGAGAUCAGUGUUCAAGGUACGACACUGCUUGCCCCCUCACUAACUACACCCUCACUGUACAACUGCCUAUUACAAUCUCUGGCCCCUAGGUUAUUCUGCACUCACAGUGGCACCAUUUGUGACACAUGACUCAAUCAGGUCAGACUGUCACAUCGGGUUGCCUUCCAUACAGGAGAUCCCAAUCUCUCCCUUCUUGCAUUUUCUGUCAUGUCCAUCGCCACUUUUUAUGCUGCCAUACUGUAGCUACCAUGGAAAGAGUUCCUUUAAGGUCUGACGAAUUUAAUCAGUGGGGCAAAGGUACAUCAGUUUUAGCAGAUGUGUGUAAACUGCUGUAACACUUCUUUAAUGUAAUUUUUCAUAAAUUUCUACCAGUGAUCCAUUUAGGCAUUAAACACUAUGCAAGGCACGUUUGUCACACCAAAGAAGGAUGGUCCAAUUUCUAGCACCUGCCUUUUAAUAUCUGGGAUCAUAAUAUUUUCUCAUGCAUGUAAUAAGUAUAGCAGGAAGCAAGUUUGGCAACCCAUUUGAUUCAAUUCAAAUGUUGACUUAAAUAAGUGAUGCAUUUUUAAUAAAGAUUUAUACUGUAGUCCAUGAGAAAGGCAUUGUCUCCAUUGUCACCUCUCCCACAAAAAGCAUGACAGACAUUUAAAUGAUUAGUUACAGGGAAGUUAUAUCCUUUUCCAUGUUAUGUAUAACCAUUUGUGAUCAUUAUAUAUUGUUUAAAUGGGUAUAAUUAUUGUAAGCUUCUAGCAAUGUUCAUGGAUGUGCAUAUGGAUAUAAAGAAUUCAUCGAAAGCAUUAUCAAAAAAACAAAUUCCCACAUCAAAGCUUUUUAAAUUAUUUAAAUCACAGGAUCUGAAUGCAACAAAACAUGUCUCAGAUGAGUUCAGACUUAUUGGUGUUUGUAACGAAUUCUGCAGCUCUCACACAAUACAGUUCAAACAAGAAUGGUUCCUAAUUUCUCUAAUUUCACUUAAAUACUGUUUGAGUAUUUAAUGCAACAUGCCAGACAAAUACACUACAAAAGCUACUUCUAAACAUUUUAUAUGCCAUCUGCAACCAAUUAAUUCUUGCAUUUGUUUUCCAGAUGUUGAGUAGAGUACAUAUGACGUAUUUUAUAAUGUCAAGCAACAAAUUGUGUGACGGUGAUGGAUCACAUCACAGAGAAGUUCACCUUUCUAUAUAUUAUGUCUUUGAAUUUCAGCCACUGAUCUUAGAUAAGAUCAGUGUUGAUAGUUUUACAAUGUUCCACAACUAUUAUAUACUACAGAAUUAAAAUAUUUGUUUUACAUUUGAUUUUCCAUUAAAUGUGAGAUGGAUGCAC